UGACACUCAUACAGAUACGAAGUGAACACAUGCUAAAAGAAAAAGAUGUUAUGACUGCUUCAAAAGGGAAACCAAAGAGUCAAUAUGGGAAUAUUCAUCAGUAAUAUUAAAUGAUUGUGCACAUGGAGGCAAAACUGGUUUCAUAAGGUGAAGACCAACUCAACCUCUACUAAAGAAUAUACUGUACAUGUAUCAGCCACCUACAACUAACAAAAGGCUAUAAAAGACUUCACAGAUAAUGUAAGGCUAGAAUCAGAUAACCUGCAGUGGUGUCCUAAAGAUAGAGCAAAGUUUUCCAUUGAAACACACUUUUAUUUUUAUAAUAUCAAAAUCAGGUAAAGAGUUAUAGUUCCCUCAAAAUCAGGGUUCAGUCAUUAGGGUGACUAGAUCAGUGUCACAGACAUUUCUAAGCUGAGGUCUGAUCAGGGACCAGUGGACACCAGUGAAAUCACAAAGCCUAGGGAUGUCACAAAGGCAGCUAGCUCCCUGACCAAUCAGGGCCUGGAGCAGAGGGAUACAAUAGGCAGCACCAGUGUCCUCAGAGACUUACUUGAGCUGGAGAAUCAAGCAGAGCUGAUCAGAGCCAAACCCAGCAAAUAUCAUGUCAGAGAAAAAUAACCGUAAGAACUCCUCUACAAAUAACAACCAGAUUCAAGACCGGUCUAGAAAUGAGCUGCGGGUCCCUAUGAGGUUCGUGGACCGAGUUGUGCAAGAUGAACAAGAUGCCGAAAGCCAGAGUUCCUCCACAAUAAAUAUCAUCCUUACCCUGCUCGAUUGCCUUGCUGACUACAUCAUGGAGCAGGUAGCCUUGGAGGCCAUCAACAAUGGCAGGAUGCGCAACACUUCACAAGAUGGGGAGAGAGAAGUGGACAACCACCAUGAGCCCCACCGCACUGAGAGUGAUGGAACCCGCUUUGUGUUUGAUGAGAUGCCCAAAUCCGGAAAGAAUGACUGAAGACUGGGUCCCAGAGCCUUGAGGGGAUCCUCACAGGCUUAGCCAGGGCAAAAAUGUGUCACAGCUGAGGAAUAUCUGCUGUUGUCAUCAACAAGUGCUACUAAAGGAUGUAAAUCCAUGAGUA